AUGAGGAAGAGUCAUAGUAAAAAGGCAAUAGGAAAAGACGAAAAUUUUACGACAUAUUUUAAUCCUCCUCUGUUACUUGACAUAAUAAAGAUUUAUAAAGUAGCUCUCAUUGCUGCUGAAAUUUGGUAUUCUUGGUACAAUAUUACAUCAAAGAACAAUAAAUUCAAAUAUUUUAACGGAAAAGUUUGGAAAAAUACCAUCAUUCCUCCAGGAGCAUAUAAUGUAGUCGAUAUUCAGAAAGCGCUACAAAAUAUCAUGAAAGAAAAUAACGAUUACAUCCCUGCCAAUACAUCUGGAGACGAAAACUUGUUUCAUGUUAACAUUUCACCAAAUUAUAAUACAUUUAAGUCUGAGAUCGAAUUAAAAAAUAAUUACAAAUUGGAUUUCACAAUAGAUAAUACUUUUAGAGAUAUCCUAGGUUUUAAUUCAAGGAUAAUAUCUGAAAAUGGAAAACAUCAUAGCGAUCAGAUUGUUAACAUAACAAGUAUUAACACUAUUGAAAUACAUUGUAGUCUUGUAGAUGGUUCCUACAUCAAUGGAAAGAGUGGAGAUUUGAUACAUUGUACAUCACCAAAUGUCCCACCAGGUAGUCUAUUACAAGUACGACCAUUUCAGAAAAUGUACAAUUCGAUGAAAGUAAUGAGUGCAAUAAAUAGUGUUACAUUUAAAGUAACAGAUCAAGAUGGUAAUUUAGUUGACUUAAAUAACGAACGAGUUACCUAUUACCUCCACAUCAAGGAGUUAUAA